AUGUCUGCAUCAGCACAAACGUCGGGCACAGGCUCUCGUUUGAGAACACAGGCACGCAAGAAAGUCAACGACGACGCCACCUACUCUGGACCUCCCUCAACAACGGGAGGGGGAGCGAAACGCCACGCGACCGACAAACCAGACGGGGAACCUCGCGUUAAAAGAAAAAGAGUGGAACCAAGCUACGCGGUUUCGGUGACGAACAGCAGGAAAGAGGUUACGGAAGCAGAGCCAGCUCUGUCGGUGGUCGAAUUCAAUAAGAUGUCAAUAACAGUCCUCUACCGCUAUCUGACUCAGUUCGACAUUGUCCCGGAUGUAUAUCCUUCGCCUCUCUCCCCAGCAGAUCCACCUUCUCCAUCCUCGCUCUCCAAUCAACAGCGCCAUACAUCAAGGGCCCCCAGCCCGCCCGCAUUGACCCCAGCCAACCGCCCGCGACGCGACGCGAAGGACCAGAACCGUAGACGAAGUUCGCGGUUGCUGGAAGAGGAGAUAAGGAUUCGCACACCAAUUCUGGCAGACGUUGGGGAACUCCAUGGGACGAUUGCGGGGAUUGUUGAGCGGCAUUUUCGAGAGUUGACGUCAAUCAACGGCAGAGAGGAGGUUGAUACUCUGGCAUCGUUCAUGUGCGCAGUGGAGAAGGCGAAAGGGUUGAAGAAUAAAUAUUAA